AUGAAGGGAGAAGCUGAAAGUGUGCUGCACAAUGAGAAGUCAAAGCAGGAGGGACACAUCUGGGGUUCCAUGAGAAGAACGGCUUUCAUUCUGGGCUCUGGCCUUCUCUUGUUUGUGGCCUUAUGGAACUCUGUCACAUGGCAUCUGCAGCGUUUUUGGGGUGCUUCCGGCUUCUUUUGGCAAACCCAGUGGGAGAGGCUGCUGUCUACAUUUGAAGGGAAGCAGUGGAUCCUUUUCAUGAUAGGUACCACCCAAGUGCCAGCUCUGCUCUUCUGGGCCUUCAAUGGGGUUUUACUUGUGGUUGACACAACUGGAAAACCUAACUUUAUCUCUCGCUACCGAAUUCAGAUUGGCAAGAAUGAACCGGUGGACGCCACGAAACUACGCCAGGCCAUCCACACAGUUCUCUUCAACCAGUACAUGCUUUCUCUCCCCAUUGUGAUCUUCCUUUACCCCCUCCUCAAGUGGCGGGGAGACCCUUGCCGCCGAGAGCUACCCACCUUCCACUGGUUUCUCCUGGAGCUGGCGAUCUUCACCCUGAUUGAAGAAAUCCUUUUCUACUACUCACACCGGCUCCUGCACCACCCAGCAUUCUAUAAGAAGAUCCACAAGAAACACCAUGAAUGGACAGCUCCCAUUGGUGUGAUCUCUCUCUAUGCCCACCCUAUAGAGCAUGUGGUCUCCAACAUGCUGCCAGCACUGCUGGGUCCCAUCAUAAUGGGCUCUCACUUGUCCUCCAUCACCAUCUGGUUCUCCAUAGCGCUCAUCAUCACCACCAUAUCUCACUGCGGCUACCACCUACCUUUUCUGCCUUCACCUGAAUUCCACGACUACCACCAUCUCAAGUUCAACCAGUGCUAUGGGGUGCUGGGGGUGCUAGACCAUCUCCAUGGAACCGACACCAUGUUUAAGCAGACCAAAGCAUAUGAAAGACACGUCCUCUUGCUGAGUUUCACCCCGCUCUCGGAGAGCAUUCCUGAUUCUCCAAAGAAGAUGGAGUGA